AGCGGGAACAAGAAACAUCACUCAUGCGAAACAUUGAAUCUUUUGACCGGAGAUACUAUCCUAAAGGCCAUGGAUGGGAAAUUGGUUACUGCACUGAUUCUAAUAGAUCUAUCUAAAGCUUUCGACAGUGUAAAUCAUACUUUUCUCCUUAUAAAACUUAGCAACGUCGGGGCUUCUCCAAGCGUUGUAAAAUGGUUUGAGAGUUACUUGACCGGAAGAACUCAAUCAGUCAGAAUUGGAUCAACUGUGUCUACUCCUCUCCCUGUUUCUUAUGGUGUACCACAGGGUGCAAUUUUAUCACCUUUACUUUUUAGUAUUUAUACUAACGAUUUGCCCUCAUCAGUCCACCAUAGUAAACUUGAAUCGUACGUGGAUGACUCCAAGAUAUUACUAUCUUUCACUGUGGCUAACGUGGACUGUUUAAAGCAACAACUUGAGGAAGACUUGUAUUUGAUUGCAAACAGUUGUUCCGAAAAUGAAUUGCUUAUUAACCCGAGAAAGACCAAAUACAUGCUGAUUGGCACACGGCAAAACCUACAACAACUUCCCGUAGAUAUGACCAUAAACUUCCUCAACGAGACUAUUACCCCCGUCUCCUUUGCCAAAGAUCUAGGAAUGACAAUCGACUCUUAUUUGACAUAUGACCAGCACAUCACCAACCUGGUUUCCUCGUGUAUGAAUUCCCUGUGCCAAAUAAACCGAGUCAAAAAAUGUUUCGAUAAAGAAGCUUUAACUCUCAUCGUCUCGGCACUUGUAAUGAACAAAAUGUUCUAUUGUUCAACGGUUUGGUCAAACACUUCGUCCACCAACAUUAAGAAACUACAGUUGGUACAAAAUUUUGCAUGCAGGAUAAUAACAAAUAUUGGAAAGUUCGACCAUAUUUCGCCGGGCUUACGCGAACUUAACUGGCUCCCAGUAAAGGAACAAUUACUACUAAGAGAGGCUAUUAUGAUGUACAAAUGUGUCAAUGAACUUGCUCCACAUUAUUUGAGCGAUUUAUUCACAAAACGUUCUGACAUUCAUCAACGAGAUACACGUAGCCAUGACUAG